AUGAACGAAAAUAUGAUACAUUUGUUGCGAGAGUGGAGGGGCCCUACCUCCAAUCCUAUGGUUCACCAGCUCUGGAAACAAAUUCCCCCACAUCUCUGCUGGAGCAUUUGGAAGGAGAGGAAUAAUCGGAUCUUCAGGGAUAAGGAGGCCACUCUGGAAAAUGUGUUCACCUGUUUCCUUAAGCUCAUCCUUGAAAAUUUAUCUAUGGCUAUUGUUAAAAAGCCCCCUAAUCCUCCUUCCAACUGGAAUUGGGAGAUUGCUCGUUGGUGGAACCUGCCUAGAUCCUUUGCACAUAUUGAUAACUCCAAGCGUCUCCGAAGGCAAAAUACUUUUUGGUCCCCCCCAAAUCCUGGUUCCUUCAGACUCAAUUUUGAUGGGGUUGCUAAACAUGGCCUGGCAGCUGGGGGCGGUGUCAUUAGAAAUCACAGUGGGGCCCUGUUUGCAGCCUACACGAGGAACUUGAGUGGCCACUCCAGCAAUCAAGUUGAAGCUCUGGCCUUGGUUUGGGGGGUUCGUUUCACCCUCUCUAUGGGCAUAAGGGUUAUGGACAUUAAAGGGGACUCUAAGCUCAUUGUUGAUGUUGUCAAAGGGAGGAACAAACUCAAUUGA